UUAUUCUUCAAAUCCUGCAAGGAAUCUUAAAGCUUCCAAGUACCAAGAUACUCAUGAAGAUACCUACCCGCAGAAAUGCUUUUUCUCUUUUCUUCUUCUUCAUUAUUCUUUCCGAAACUAAUUUCUUGGCCAAGACACAAAACACGACAAUCCCAGUUAAUGUGGGUGUCAUUCUUAACGAUGAUACAUGGAAUGGGAAGAUGGGUUUCAGUUGCAUCAACAUGUCCCUUGAAGACUUCUAUGCUUCCAAUAGUCACUACAGAACCAGGGUAGUUCUUAACUCAAGGGACUCCAAAAGUGAUGUUGUUGGAGCAGCUGCUGCAGCCCUAGACCUGAUUAGAACUGUGGAAGUCGAAGCCAUUAUUGGACCACAAAAUUCUAUGGAAGCCAACUUCGUCAUUGAUCUUGGGAAGAAAGCCCAAGUGCCCAUUAUAUCAUUCUCAGCAACAAGUCCUUCUCUUACUUCCCUUCGCAGUCCAUAUUUUUUCAGAGUCGCUCAAAAUGACUCAUCUCAACUAAAAGCUAUAAGUGCAAUUAUCCGAGCCUUUGGCUGGAGAGAAGUUGUGCCAAUCUAUAUAGAUACUGACUAUGGGCAAAGUAUAAUACCUUUCUUGAUUGAUGCCUUGCAAGAUGUUGAUGCUCGUAUCUCCUAUCGAAGUGUCAUUCCUCCAAUGGCCACAGAUGAACAAAUUGAACAAGAACUUUGUAAGUUGAAAACAAUGCAAACUAGAGUCUUCAUAGUGCACAUGCCACCCAAUCUUGGUUCUCAGCUUUUCACCAAUGCAAAAGAGAUAGGAAUGAUGAGUGAAGGCUAUGUUUGGAUCAUGACCAGUGCUAUCACCAAUUCCAUUCACCUGAUAGAAUCUUUAGUACUCCGUGACUCAAUGCAAGGGGUAUUGGGUGUAAAGACUGAUAUUUUAGAAACAUCUGAGCUUGAAAAUUUUACAAUUCGAUGGAAAAGGAAAUUCCAUCAAGACAACCCAACCAUUUUGAAUGUUGAAUUAGAUGUUAUAGGUCUAUGGGCAUAUGAUGCUGCUUCAGCAUUAGCAAGGGCAAUUGAGAAGGCUUGGACUACAAAUUUUGGCUUUGAAAAGACAACUACUUCAAGUAACUCAACUGAUCUUGCAAUCUCUCUAAAUGGUCCCAAACUUAGCAAAGCAUUAUUGAGCACAAGAUUUAAUGGCCUUGCUGGAGAGUUUAGUCUCCAUAAUGAGCAACAACAAUCAUCGAAUUUUCAGAUAAUUAAUGUGAAUGGUAAUGGAGAAAGAGUGAUUGCAUUUUGGACUCCAGAAAAUGGACUCAUAAGGAAAUUGAAUUCUACCAACGAAAGCAUGUAUUCUACUUCCAAGGAAAAUGUAGGACCCAUUAUAUGGCCGGGUGAUUCAUGGUGUGUCCCAAAAGGUUGGGAAAUUCCACCAAACGGGAAGAAGUUGAGAAUAGGAGUUCCUGUGAAGGAUGCUUGUACUGAAUUUGUUAAGGUGACACAUGAUCCUAGCACUAACACAAAACAUGUCACAGGUUAUAGCAUAGACAUCUUCAAAGCUGUAAUGGAAACACUGCCAUAUGCUGUUAGCUACGAGUUCAUUCCCUUUGCAAAGCCUAAUGGGGACAGCGCUGGUACAUAUAAUGAUAUGGUCUAUCAAGUAUAUCUUGGGAAAUUUGAUGCUGUGGUAGGAGAUACAACUAUUAUUGCAAACAGGUCUAACUAUGUCGACUUCACAUUGCCAUACACGGAAUCUGGGGUAACAAUGGUAGUGCCAAUCAAUGACAACAAUAGGAAAAGUGCAUGGGUGUUCUUGAAGCCUUUAACUUGGGACCUUUGGAUGACAAGUGGGUGUUUCUUUGUCUUCAUUGGCUUUGUAGUUUGGGUUCUUGAACAUCGAGUAAAUGAUGAAUUUCGCGGGCCUCCAUUGCAUGAGAUUGGAACAAGCUUGUGGUACUCCUUCUCAACCAUGGUUUUUGCGCAGAGGGAGGCAUUGGUAAGCAACUUUGCUAGGUUUGUGAUGAUCAUAUGGGUUUUUGUGGUGCUCAUUCUCACUCAAAGUUACACAGCAAGUUUGGCAUCACUCUUAACAGUUCAACAGCUUCAACCAACUGUUACUGAUGUCAACCAACUUAUUAAGAGUGGGGUGUAUGUUGGCUACCAUGAAGCUUCUUUUGUUUCGGGAAUCCUAAAAGAAAUGAAUUUUGAUGAAAAUAAGCUGAAGGAAUAUAAAUCUAUAGAAGAAUGUGAUGAACUUUUAUCAAAAGGAAGUGCAAAUGGUGGUAUAGCUGCUGCUUUUGAUAACACCCCUUGCAUGAAGCUUUUUCAACGAAAAUAUUGCUCCAAAUAUACUAUGGUUGGAUCAAUAUAUAAAACUGAUGGGUUUGGCUUUGUCUUUCCAAUAGGUUCCCCUCUAGUAUCUGAUGUUUCAAGAGCAAUCUUAAAUGUAACUGAAGGAGAGAAGAUGAAAGAGAUUGAAAAAAAAUGGCUAGGGGAACAAACCAAUUGUCCAGAUUCUAACACCCAAGAUUCUUCUGGUAGCCUCAGUUUUGCAAGCUUUUCUGGCCUGUUCCUCAUUGCGGGGAUCGCUUCCUUGUCUGCUCUCAUCAUCUCUGUUUCUAUGUUCCUUUACAAGGAGAGACAACAAAUCUUGAUUCGCUUUAAUUCAGAAAGCUCAAUAUGGAGAAGAAUUUAUCAUACCUUAAGAAUCUUUGACAGAAGAGACCUCAGCUCGCAUGCUUUUAGGAAUAGUGCACCUCGAAAUGGCGUAGACAGUGAUCACGUUAUUGGAACAACUGAUGCCUCAACAAACACUAACUGCCCACAAAAUUCAUCAAGAUUUUUAGUCCACACGAACUCCCACUUUUCUUUCUCAGAAGAAUCCGGAAUGCCUACUAGAGAAUCUGGUGAUCCCAAUCCAAAUGGUCAAGCAUUUCAAUUAGCACUAGCUAUUGAGUUAAGUGACCACCCAAAUCAAGAGAGUCCAAAAACUCCAGAAAGAGCUCUUGAAAACUGUUAA